CCGCGCCAGGCAGGGGCAAAAAGGGACGGCGUUGCGCAUGCGCCACAUUUAUGUUGUUGUUUGUGGCGGUAAGAUGGCGGCGCUCGGAGACACCUCAGCUCCGGGGGUGAACGGGUUAAUACAACAAUUCACAGCAAUAACAGGGGCCACAGAAAGUGUUGGAAAACAUAUGUUGGAAGCAUGCAACAACAACCUGGAGAUGGCAGUCACCAUGUUUCUGGACGGAGGCGGGAUCGCAGAGGAGCCCAGCACCAGCUCCAGUUCGACAGCUUCGAGCAGCAGAGCUCCCCCCACAGAUGAAGUACGAGCACCUAUUCCCCAGAAGCAGGACAUACUGGUUGAACCAGAACCACUUUUUGGAGUGCCAAAGCGAAGAAGACCUGCUCGAUCUAUAUUUGAUGGAUUCAGGGACUUCCAAACAGAAACAAUUCGCCAAGAACAGGAGCUGCGUAACGGUGGCACGGUGGACAAGAAACUGAGCACCCUGGCAGACCUUUUCCGUCCUCCCAUUGAGCUCAUGCACAAAGGCAGCUUUGAGACGGCAAAAGACUGUGGCCAACUGGAGAACAAGUGGUUAAUGAUCAACAUUCAAAACGUUCAGGACUUUGCCUGCCAGUGCCUGAACAGAGACGUGUGGAGUAAUGACGCAGUGAAAACCAUCAUCAGAGAACACUUCAUAUUCUGGCAGGUAUAUCAUGACAGUGAAGAGGGUCAAAGAUACAUCCAGUUCUAUAAACUGAACAAGUUUCCCUAUAUUUCCAUCCUCGAUCCCCGUACAGGUCAGAAAAUGGUGGAGUGGAACCAGCUGGAUGUGGCAUCGUUCUUGGAGCAGGCGACCGGCUUCCUGGCAGAGCACGGGCAGCUUGACGGACCGUCCUGUCACGCACCCCCCGCUAAACGAGCUCGCUCUGAAAGUUUGAUUGAUGCCAGUGAAGACAGUCAGCUGGAGGCAGCAAUCCGAGCCUCCCUACAGGAGACACACUACGAGUCUUCAAAUGUCCCUGAAGCCCCAGAUUCCCCGCGAUCAGAUGACGACUCCGAUGCAGAGCCUUUCUCCGACAGCGAGGGUCCCAUCUCUGUGGAUGGCUCGGACAGCGAAAUGCCAGAAACACAGGAAGAGAAAAGUUCAACCAGCAAACACACCCCAGCCCCUCCUGCCACAUCGGCUCAGCAGCGUCUUCACCCGGAUAAUUCAUCUUCUUGCCACAGAAAGUCUCCGUACAAAGAAAACAACCACUGUCACAAGAAAGAGGAGAGCAAAAAGAAUCACCUGGAGCCUUCGGCUGGCGGUCCUCGUCAUCCUCCCCCUGACACAGAAUCUGCAGGGAACUCCUGUACAACAGCAGCUGAAAACGCGGGGCCUUCGAAAAUCAGCACCUCCAAAAGUUGUGACGUAGACUGCCCUGAUGACAACGGUCCCAAAGCCAGAUUGAUGCUUCGUUACCCAGAUGGACAGAGAGAACAAAUUUCUUUGUCAUCUAAAGCAAAACUUUUGGCACUGGUAAGACACGUCCAGUCCAAGGGUUACCCUAACGAACGCUUCGAACUCGUCACCAACUUUCCCAGAAGGAAGCUCGCCCACUUGGACUAUGACAUCACGCUGCAGGAGGCGGGGCUUUGUCCACAGGAGACUGUAUUUGUGCAGGAGAGGAACUAGCCUUCCCAGACACACUCACUUUUGCUUGUCUGUAUCUCUCUGGUAGACCUCAUCCUUUCACCAAUGAUCUGCGAAGAUGUUACCGGCCUUUAUCACAUAACCCUCUGUUCUCCUGGAAUUAGGCCCCUGUUUUGUUUUUGUUUUUGUUUUGUUUUUUUAUUGGUUUUUUGCCAAGACAACUGUUAGUGGAUGGACUAUUUUCCCCGCCAUUUCACUAUUCUGAAUACUGACGUCUCUACUGACAGCCUAAUACAUUUGGCCAGUAAGGUGUUACGGACGACAGCACUCUGUUCUGAUGUGGGUCUCAUGGUCUGGUCAUUGAGGCACAUCAGGAUAGAAUACAUAUAACAUAGCUCAUAUUCAAAUUAAAAAAAAAACCCAAAAAAACAAAUUACAGAUCACUAUUUGAUGACGAGGCACCAGGAACUUGUAAAAACAGACUUUUACCUCCCAGAAAGGUAAAAUUAAAUGUCAGAGUUUAUUUUCUAGAUCUUCUUGUUAUCUUCUGUACCUGGGAACAGGUAAAAGGAGGCUCGUUCUUGUUUAUUUUGACCCAAAUUUGGUCUAACAUGGUCACUGUUUGAACAAUUGUAAUUAUUUGGGAGGCAGGGGUACUAAGAGGAAAGGUUCGUACAUUACAAGUCAAUAGAUGAGUCAGAUAUGCGUGACACGUAUCUAAAAGAAUUGGGUCGAUCUGCACAUUUUUACUCAAGUUUCUAUUGGUUAAUUGGAACUAGUAGAUUUGUUUUUGGAUUUCAACUUUUGAUACAGAAGGGAAUGAAUGAAGGGUGGUACAUCUCAUCAGUCGGACCUACACUGUACAGAGAUGGCUUAGAGAGACUGAUAUUUAGCUGUAGUCAUUGUUUCCUUUCUUUUUUUAUAUGCUGCCAAGAAAAUAUGCUGAUGUUGAAAUAUAACCACCAAAACCAAGGGAGAUUUUUUGCUGGUCUUUUGUUACAUGUUCAUAUGAACUGGUUGUAGAUCACAGCCAUGAUGUGAUCAGACAAAGGUCACAUGUCAAAACCCAAACCUACAACAAAAUAUGUAUAAAAAUCUCAUAGAAAGAGAAAUGCAGCAAUUCUACAGAAUCAACUGCAACAACUUAUAAUGCAAAUGUUUUGUGUGUUGUUAGUGACAACAAAGUGUUUAAAUAUGAAUCUACUUUUUAAUGAAGGUUUGUUUUGGUAAGCAUCUUGCUAUACUUGUGUUGCUGAGUUUAUUUUUUGAUCACAUUAAUAUUGACCUUUUUAUGCUAAUACAACUGAGUUAUAGUUUAUGAUUUUAAUGUUUUCAGAUAACAGUUGCAGUAACAGACCAAGUAAGCCAUGGAGCCAUGAUGUCUAAAAUACAAAGUUAUAGUUAAACAUAAAGAUAGUCUUCAUCAGUAAGCAACUGUAUACUAUAGUUCUCCACAUUUCAUGCAGUACUUCAUAUGGACAGUUGGUGGUGGUAAUGUACCUUAAAGGCUACAAACACCAAUAAAUGAGUAGAGCAUAGUAAUGUAAUUAAUGCAGGUUUAAAAAUACUUAAAUUUGCUUUACAAAUGUUUUUAAGAGGUUGCAGUUGCCUUCAUUUGGUUUCAUAGACUCUGGAUUUAUGUGUUUUGGUGAAAAAUAUUCAGUAUGUAUUCAUCAAGAUAACCUCACAGUGCACCUUUAAGUUGGUGCAGCUGGUCCUGCUGAGAGGCUGCUUUCCCUUCCCAUGAGAUUUUUCUGUAUUUAAAAGUUUCUCGCCAGGAACCCUUCAGACCUGGAAGAGCUGUGCUGCCACAUCACUUUACUAAUAUUAGAAUAAGCUAUGAGCUCAAAUGUCAGCUUGGAUCACAUGCUGUUCAAAUAGUUUGUAGAUUACAGAAUUCACAGGUCAUUUAAAGGAUUUAUUCAAAUUUUUGGGAUUUGCAUAUGUUGCAUUUUUAUGUUCUAAAUUUUGUCCUAAAGUCAAAACUUGUUCAUUGUGAGUAAGGGAACACAGCGGCACUGAAUAUAAAUAGUGUCUUGAAUCACCUGUGACCAGUUCUUAUGGGUAACUGUGGACAAUUUAAUCUCAUUUCAAAGUUCAAAAAAGUCACUGUUUCUCUCUCAGUAGUAGUCUACUUCUCAGAAUCUUUCUCUUAAAUAUACAAUGAGCACAAAAUGAAGAAGUGACUGGUGCUGUUAUAAAAAGUCACUUUUCGCUGAGACAUUUCUGUAGAUCAGAUUUAGUGACAAGUCUGCACAUAAUUAGUCAGCGUGUUCAUAAAAUUUGAAUUGAAUUUUUUUCAUGCUCUCCUUCAGAUUGAGGCCCCAACUGAUAAUAGUUACAGUGCCUGUACGGGGCAAUGGUCAGAGUUGAAAGAGAAGGACUUGCAGCUGCACAAACAGAUGAGGACACUGACUCUGUUUCACUCCCCCCAGCUGUAUGGAUACUACAGUACGUGAGGAGGCAUUCCUUCACCACAUGUUAUUGUGUAAUGGAUAAAAAGUAGGUGAGGGGAAAGGUGUUUAAGUACUGAACCCAUUCCCCUUUAUAGCUUCGAUCAGGUACCUCAGAUACAGAAACAGAUAGUUUUGGCAAAGAUAGUCGGAGAUGUACUGCAAGCAUUUGCAUGAGAGCACCGUGCUGUUUACGAUCACUGGCCAAAAUGUCUUCUCACUAUCAACAAACUAUCUGCUUUCUUAGGGUUAGUUUACAAGUGAAACAAGUUUUGUUGAUUUUUAGACCUUUUAGGUGCAUCAAACACAUUAAAAAAUCCUGCUGGCAAAAUGGUAACAGCCUUUAAAAAAAGCAGAGCUUAUGGAGACAAAAUGUUUUUUCUCCUAACAGAAAUAACCUGCAGUCAUUUCUCACUAAAGCCUAAAUGUAUUUUCUCGUGUUGAAAGGUUAAUGAGGUAACUGGAACAGCGGCCCUCCAGAUUGGGCAUGUUUGAGUGGUUGUCUGUUGUGUAACAAGGAUGUUGACCCCAGUCAUCACUGGAGCUUUCAGCUAGUUCUCCGAAUGAAGUCAAUGGAAGUUAAUGUGUGAUCAAUGAGCCAUGCGGUGGCUGAGUUAAAGAGGCACUUCAUCGAUUUUUCUUUCUUUUCUUUUUUUAUACUGAGGCCCUGCAGGAGUUUUCCAAAGUUUGAAAAAAGAUUUUUUUUUAAUUGGGAUUCAGGCCUAAAAACAGAAAGCCUGUGUUACACGUGUGUAGGGUUUGAAGUAGUGGGCAGGAAAGUUCAAAUGAAAGCGAUGCAUUAUGGGAAAUGUAGGAUCUAGCAACAGGAACUAUAAGGCAGGUUAUUUUUUCUCUCUACCUAAAUUUUUAAAAUCAUCACUGGAGUACUUGUUAAUGUGACAGAGGUCAGUUUAGAGCAGGUUUGUGGAUGGAUGCUUUGAUUCACUAGACUGUACUCAAAUCCACACAAGACCAAGCAUUAUAUCUUCAUUUCUGACCCAUGUUGGAUGAGUUUAUUGAGGGGAUACAACUGAUAUGUUCCUCAGUCUGAUAUCCGCAACUGAGAACCCCUUCCUUCUUCAUUUCAAGCUUUAACCUGAAUAGGUGUAGCAAUAACUCAACAUUGCUCUCACUGUCAGUAAUAUGAUAACGUCACAUUUCCAGCAACUCAGAACAACAGUGUCUGUGUUUCCCGAUCAAGGAGCCAAGUGUGCCUGUCUGUUUUCAAAGGGCCCGAUCAGGAGUGCUAUCACCGUGAAGAUAAGCGUUACUGUUAUAUUUUUCUUUUACCUCCUAAUCAAGUGCAAAAUACAAAAUGACAAAAGUUGUAGCACAUUUGAAGGUAUUCUGUACAAUAUUUUGUUUAUAUCGGAAGGGUUGGUUGCUUCUGUAAUGCAACAGAGUCCUUUAACUAAAGCACAUGACAUAAAAACAUUAUAAAAUGUGUACAUGAGGCUCAGCCUACCACAGAGAGUCCUGCGUCACAGGCUGAGAGGGGGUUUGUGUGUAACAUCUGACCCUACUAUGCUUCGUUAUAUAUUUCAGGAGUAUAAUCAUUGAUGAUAAGCUUAUCUGCUCUGAUUCAGCACAGUCAGGAGGCCUUGUGGACUAUAAUCACUGUCAGACAUGCAGUCUGUCACAAGAGUCUCAGAGGUAUUUUAGGAAGCUGGAUUACAGUCAUAAUCCAGUUAAAGAAUAUUUGCUAAUAUUGAUUAGUGUCAUUUAAUGUUCACAAUCCUGAACAUGAACAUAUAGCCAGUUCAUGCUACCUUCCUGUUUUUAAGAUGUAUAAACAGGAACAUUAUAUAUAAAUUCACACAGGUAAGAAUGAAAAACUAAUAAAUAAUGUAUCUGAUAAAUGUCAACUUGUGUAACUAGCACAGGGCAAUAGUGUUAUUGGCUUGCUAGCUGUGCUAUCAGGACAGGACAAAGGCAAAGUAAUCUGUGGGGGUUCAGAAAACUGGCACAAGGAUAAAGAUUCAGACUCAACAGAGGAUGAGCAUCAAAAAACAGUUUAAAUUGGUCAAAGAUCAAUAAUGUAGUCGUUACAAGAAGGCAGUCAGAUAGUCAGAUAAAAUACAAAUAAAAACAGGCAAGAGGCCAAACACAGGUGGUCAAAAUCUGGUCUGGAAAUUUAAGGUGACAGCAGAUGAUGGGUUAUAGUGGGAAACACGAUGAAGAACCCUGGUGGACAAGUGAGGAAUGACAGGGACUAUAAAACACUAUAAAAACUCAAAUAUACACGAGAAAUUCAGUCUAAAGCUGAUUAAUUAGAUGAAACCAUGACAGUGAACUUUAUCUUUUUACAUCUUAUUCUGUCAGAAAAUAAACAUCAUAUUACAGAUUAUAGUCACCACUAAAUCCAAUUCAGCAUCUACUGGAGGUAAAACUGUUCUUUUGCACCACAGUCACUCUUUUUAAGAUCUCUAAAAAGUUAAUGUACACUGCGAGUAAUGGGUUAAUGGACUAUGGUUUGUGGACUGGCCAAAAAUAAAGAGUUAAUCAUGGUAUGAUUAGGCAAAGGUCAGGGUUACUCAGUCUGUCGUGAUUCAGUAAUUUUAUGGAGCUUUAAAACAUCUGAUCAACAUUCAGCUAUCCAAACAAAGUGUUGCAUAAUGUUGAUUCCUCUUUAACUUCACAUUUUGGUGCAAGGCUGCUGUGAUACACUGUUAAUAUUCACUGUCUUAUUAGAUAUGUCCCUGUGUAGAUUUACUCCAACUACACUGCUUUUUUUUCAUAAAUCAUAUUUACUGUAUUAAAUACAAACCAGAAUACAACACCUAUACUUUGUUCACACAGGGUUUCCCUUUUAAAAAGUGCCAUCUAUUUUGAAACGUGUGUUAAUUUAUAAGAAAUAAAUAUUUUAUUACUCAGAAAAAGGGAGGAAGCUGUGAAAGGCAAAACAAUAAAGUCAGAAUUGAACAUUUUCAAUAUAUGCAUGAAUCCAUCCAUCUAUCCCUUUUCCUAAUAGUUUAUUCUCUAGAGGGUUGCGGAGGGAGCUGGAGAAGAUCUCAUCUCAUAUUGCAUGAAUACACCCAAAACAAAUCAAGUUUAAUGCAGCAUUGAGUAUUACAUAUUGUUCAACGUCCAGUGGUGGGAGAAGUAUUCAGAUUCUGUACUUAAGUAAAAGUAGAAUUACUACAGCCUAAAACUACCCUAAUACAAGUAAAAGAAAUUAACUCAAAAUGUUAAGUAAAAGUAUCACCAGUAUUACCAGCCAGUUGUACCUAAAAUAUCAAAAGUAAAAGUACUCAUUAUGCAGACUGGUUUCUUUUAGUGUUAGUAUAUUAUAUAGUUUGUUUUUGACAUGUUAGAUCAUUUUAAUGCUGUAGUUUAUCAUUGUGGAGACAAUUUUACAUACAUUGGGUAGAUUAAUCAUACUAGUACUGCAUCAUAUUAUAUAAGUGCAUCUUCUUUUUUUUAUUACAAUAAUAAUAAUACACUGUUGCACCCACUAAUGCAGAUUAAAGUUCAAAACACAUUUUUAAAAAGAAAAAAGCGGACAAUUAAACCAAAAUUUAGAAUAUUAAAAUACAUUAUCUUAAUCUGAGAAUCAAUUUUAAGUGUCAAAUAAUGUAAUGUAAUAAAAAGUACAUAUGUAGUAGAUCAGAGAUAUAAAGUACUGUACUUCCAAUGUGCACUUAAGUACAGUACUUGCACUUUGUUACAGUCCACAAUUGUUCUACAAAGUAUUUUAUUUCUAUAUUAAUGAUAUUAUUUUAGUGCUGUAGGUCAUUUGAUACUCCUGCUACUCCCUAUUUUUCCCUCAACCACUUUCACACACUUUACCUCAACAUCAGAAUAACCAGCAGUCAGUGAAGUACUUGCUUCUGCCACUUUCAUCACAUUUACAAACAAGAACAUUUUAAAUCUGGAGGUUAGUGUUGAACUGACCUGCCUAUUGUCUUAAUACCUUCAAUCAUUUAUCCCUUUCCUUACAGAUACAAAAUAAAGUAAAAAGUCAACUAGCUUAACUCCAAAUGCACAAGAUUUGUGAAUCUUUUAGGUCACUUGGCUCAUGUUUCUAGUUUUGUGGUUCAUUGUCGGGAAAGUCCAACCCUUUAGUACAACUAUUGACUCUUAGUAAAGAGAGCAAGUCCAACCAGAUUUAAUAGUAAUCUAAUCUAAUCUGCGUCUAUGUGCAUCUCCUGCUGCGCCUGAAUCUCAUUUUCUGUUUAAUUUUAUUUAUUUUUUAACCUUACAUCCCAAUGAUUUAAAGAAAAAGACUAUUUUAUUGGCAGCACAGUGGCAGCACAAGAGGGUGCAUACACUAAAAAACACAUAUAGAAAGAAGUAACAGUUAUUGAAAACAGUGUAUAUUAUAAGAGAAUAUUGUAAGAGAGAUGGGCAAAGGGUGAAAAUGAGGUGAUACACAAUCUGUACCGUCUUACUG